AUGUGCAGCAAGGGACUUUUAUCGGGGGGGUCCGACCUCACUACGACACUUGGCAUGUACUCGGACGAUAGUGGCGGGAGUGAUGACGAUGGAAGCGAUUCGAUCAACGAUGCAAAGCUGACCGAAGACAUUGAAAGGAGUACAAGCACACAACAUAGGAAGUCAACGUCAGACACGGGCGCGGGCUCGAGUUCGAGUAAAGCGGAACCCAGUGUUAAACCGAAGAUCAACCCGGUUACGGGAAGUUAUUUCUCCACCAAACCCAACCCUAUGGAAGGUCUGAGUGAGGAGGACAAGGAGCGAGAGGCUGAGAAGUUGAUGACACUAUUCAACCGAUUAGAAAAGAAUGGAGUGAUGAAGGUGAUGGGCACUAACAAAGACGGAAAGCAAGUGGAAAUUCCCCGCUCUCCUAUGCCACCCAAAGACGGAUAAUGCUUACAAUAAUUACCACCUGAACAUUACGGAAGUAACAUCUGGGCAGUGUCUAUCUGACAUUAAAGUGUAUGCAACGAUUUUAUUCUACUAUUACCUUGUACAAUACGGUGACAUUGAUGAGUGUCUAUUUAUGGGGUGCCCAGCGUGGGAUGAAGCCGCGAAUGUAUUCAAAUAAUUACAGCGUUCCCCUUAGUAGUCGGUGACGCCUUUGAGCUUCUUUUUGAUCAGCUGUCGUGUGUCAGUUUCAAGCGUUCGGAGUUCCUAGUGACGAUUUCUAUACAGUCAAUGAACAGAGUCAACAUCACUGUGGUGCGAGGCGUUUGUCGUAAAGGAUGUGCUCGUUGUGCUGUAAGAUUUACACGUUACAACUAAUAAAGUAUUAAAAUCGUAUAGAGGCGAUGCUUUCUAGACAAAACUGUUUAAUCUGCUGCAUGGG